AGAAACAACCAUCUUCGACGUGCAGACUUGUACAUAGUUCUUUCUUUGCUUCGAAGAAGUUACUCACUCAUUUAAAAUAUAUCUUUACAUACAGCCAUACACAGUGACAAACACCUUUGUCCUGUAUCGUCCCCGCCACCGCGAAAUCGAAUAACCGGAGGUCUUCCGCGGCCCGUUCAUUAUCCUCGAAGAGCCAUUCAUUUGGAUUUUUACUAAACAUACUGAUUGUGUUUGUGAGGUGAAACUGCAUAUUUGACGGGAAAAAAAAAUGAACAAAAAUUCGGUUACAGCAUGUGCGAAAUAUGUACAUUCAUUCCCAAGAGCAACAGCUAGUCGGGCGCAAACCGUUUCGCCAAUAUGUCGGCCAACUUCAAGCAAAGUCCAUUCAGUAAACCGAGCACUGACAAUAUCACGAUACGAAUCGUCGCGAGCGGUAUCACACAGUUCGUUCGUGCUGAAUAAGUCAUGUAGAAUACCUGUGCUUUAUACACCAUACUCCAUACGUUCCUUGGCGACUGCGCACGCAACCUCAACGCCACAGCAAGAUGGAGUUGGAGGUCCAAUCCACGAAUACGAGAGGAGGGUCAAGGCAGACUUAUUAAGAGAUGAUCCCCAUCAACGAAGUAUCAUCAACCACCUCCAAUGUCUUCAUGAUAUGCUAAAGUCGUAUACACCACCUCCAAUCGUUCACCCUUCUCCAGACGACCUUCAGGAGGACAAGAAAUCAUCUUUUUUGAGCUCUCUUUUCAAACGAGGUGCUGCUCGUUCAGAUGUUCCGCGCCCGCGUCCAGAAAAUCUACCAAAGGGACUUUAUAUGUAUGGAGAUGUUGGCUGCGGAAAAACUAUGCUCAUGGAUCUAUUUUACGACACGAUACCUCCAAAUAUCAAGAGGAAGAAGCGGAUACAUUUCCAUAAUUUCAUGCAGGGAGUGCACAAAGACCUUCAUGCUAUUAAGAAAGCUCGAGGUCGCGAGUUCGAUGCGCUGCCCAUGGUUGCCGCGGAUAUUGCAGAGAUCGCUAAUGUAUUGUGUUUUGAUGAGUUUCAGUGUACCGAUAUAGCAGACGCUAUGAUUCUGCGAAGAUUCCUGGAGCUCUUGAUGUCUCAUGGCGUGGUUAUGGUAACUACUUCAAACAGACAUCCUGAUGAUCUGUACAAAAAUGGUAUCCAGAGGGAACAUUUCAUUCCAUGUAUAAAGCUACUCAAAAGGGAACUCGAAGUACUCAAUUUGAACUCGGAAACCGAUUACCGCAAAAUCCCGCGACCUCCUUCCGGCGUUUACCAUCAUCCAUUAGACAAAGCAGCUGAACAGCACGCCCAGAAAUGGUUUGAAUAUCUUGGAGAUCCGGUGAACGAUCCCCCACAUCCAGCAACUCAUGAAGUCUGGGGUCGCCAGAUUCCGGUCCCCGCAGCAAGUGGGCGAGCAGCCAAGUUCACGUUCCAAGAACUUAUCGGUCGAGCCUCUGGGGCGGCUGAUUAUCUCGAGCUAGUCCGACAUUAUGAUGCAUUCAUUGUGACUGAUGUUCCCGGAAUGACCAUUCGAGAGCGUGACUGGGCUAGACGAUUUAUUACUUUUAUUGACGCUGUCUACGAAAGCAAGGCAAAACUUGUCCUCACAUCAGCAGUCCCUCUACAAAACCUCUUCAUGUCCGAAGCCGAGAUCAAAACCUCAAUCGACGACUCAUCUGCCGAUGGUCAUGAGAUCCUGCCAUCAGAUAUGCGUCAACUAAUGGACGACCUCGGCCUCUCAAUGGCUGCACUCAAAUCCACAUCCAUAUUCAGCGGUGACGAAGAACGAUUCGCUUUUGCGCGUGCCUUGUCACGACUCACUGAGAUGGGUAGUAAGCACUGGGUUGAGCGUGGGAUGGGUGUUGGUAUGAAUGCGGUUGAUGGGCUAGAGGAUCGGGAUGCGUAUAACAAGACGAGGAGUAGGUGGAGUGAGGAUAGUAUGUAGUAUACAUCAUUCUUUUCUCUCAAGUUUGUUUAUAUGUUUGAUUGUUUUAUGUCACGCGAGCGAUGGUGGUUCUGUUAUCUUUCCAAUGUGGUUUAGCGAGAUUACAUAGACAUAUAUGGUAAAUAGAUUAUCUCAGUGAAUAUACCCUGAUAAUUCAGAUCUAAGUAUAAUAAUAUUUUGUGAUAGAUGGAACGAACUCAUCGCCAAAGCCACCCAUUCAUGUACGGCAGAAUAAACUCAAUAUAACCUCGAAAGUUAUAUCUAUUGUACCUAUUUAACAUGGCACCGGCCUAGGCAUGAAAGGAGUAAAUAAUCAUUCCGCGAAAAGAUCAACAUUAACUCCCCUCAAAGCAUCAACUGCCCACUCCGGCGCCUUGAAUCGUGUGCCAUAAUAAUCAUCAAAAAACUUUCGAAUAAAUCCCGGAUAUCGAUCUUCUAUGAUAGCUUGUCUGAUUGAAGCCAUGAGCGAUAGUUGA